ACUUCGAACGCGCGUCCAAACCUCCCUUGGAGUAUAUGCGACCUUAGCUUUUGAAUCAAGCAAUGGCUUCCUUUUUCAUUCAACUGUACCACUAAGAAUGGCAAUUAAGAAAGUGCCGAGGCUUCCUCACCGCAGAGGCUCUCAAUCCUCAGAGGACGAUUUCUUUGAUAUCCCCGACGAACCAUGCCUAGCAAUACUCAAACGGCAACUCCGACGCAUUCGGACCUGGGUGGUCUUCGCCCUUUUUGCCCUCUUUAUCAUAUGGUUUCGACUAAAGCGUCCUCAACCCUCACCGCUGCCUCACAUAAACUACGACUUAGUGGAUUGGUCCCGUUACGCCUACAGUCAAUAUGCGACGUCUAGCGCCUACCUGUGCAACUCUGUCAUGGUCUUCGAAGCUCUGCACCGCCUGGGGAGUCGGGCGCAACGUGUAUUGUUCUUCCCUGAGGAUUGGGAUGUCACUGUCGAAAGCGAGCGUGAUAGGGAUAGCCAGUUGUUGGCAAUGGCAAGAGACAAAUUCAAUGUAAUGCUGAUUCCAAUUGACAUGGCGAUGAUCAAACCAGGGGCAGGACCUGGUGAACCAUGGGAUAAAAGCAUAUCUAAAUUACUGGCCUUCGGCGAGAGCGAGUACGAUAGGAUAAUCCACCUUGACUCCGACGCCAAUAUUCUACAGAACUUGGAUGAACUAUUUUUCCUCCCUCCGAACAAGGUUGCGAUGCCACGGGCGUAUUGGGCACUUCCAGAUGCAAAGCAAUUGUCGUCUCUUCUGAUUGUAAUCGAACCGUCCUACAGUGAAUAUAAUGCUCUCAUGGAGGCAGCGCUGCCGGCAAUGUAUGGACAAAAAGUGGUGAAUACAUCCUCAACGCAUCGAUACGAUAUGGAGUUGUUGAACGAGCGCUAUGUCGAUUCGGCCACGGUGCUUCCACACCGGCAGUAUGGCUUAGUGAGUGGCGAGUUCCGUGCUAAGGAUCACCGGAAUUUUCUGGGCAAUGACUAUGAAGUAUGGGAUCCGGAUAAAGUGUUGUCGGAAGCCAAACUUGUGCAUUUCUCAGACUGGCCUUUGCCCAAACCAUGGGUCAUGUGGCCGCAAAAGUUGCUGGCUGAGAUGUUGCCCAAGUGCAAGCACAACCCUGGCACGCCGCAAGAGAGCGGGUGCCGUGAUCGAGAGGUGUGGAAGAGUAUCUACCAUGACUUCCGCCGGCGGCGAAAGGACAUCUGUAAACUUCUCAGUUAUCCAGCCCCCGAUUGGCCCCCCACGGAGCACCCUGGGUCUUCCGAAUCAACGGAACAUGUAUAGUGUACAUUUGAUGGAGUAUUGCUGGCGUUAACGGUUUGCACGCAUCUGGGAUAUACUAAAUGUAAAUAAGAUAGACCUCCCGGUUUCCAUAAUAAACAAAAUGCAAUUUUC